AUGGUUAUCAAGGUUAUCAACGUGUCGCUCAAGUCGCACAAAAAGCAAGCCGUCUGGGUCGUGGUUCUGUUUUUCACCGCGCUCGUCUACGCGUCGAGUCGCCGUGGCGACACGAGAGACGUGGACGAUGUGAUUUCGACGACAAACAUCGUCGCGGACGCGCGUGCGGGGGCGGUGACCGGCGCUGAGGUCGUGGCGAGGUCGGAAACAACAGACGAACAGAGGUAUGCGGUGAUCGCACCAGUACACUCGCUCAAGGCAUUUGAAGUACUCCGCGUGACUUGGGGUUUAUUCAAACCGUGCGAUGAAACAACGGGACAUCUCAGUCAUAGUGUGGACUUAAUCUUCAUGACGGACGCACACCUCCCGUCGCUCGACAUUCCCGGCGGACGCUGCUUCGACGACGUGUACCAACUGCGACCGCUGGUACCGAGUUGUUACGACACCUAUGCGGGGGGCCCGCCGUAUUGUUUCUUCACGAUGAUGCUACACCGAGAUUUGGAUCGAAAAUACGCCGCGGUGUUACAGAUGGAGGCCGAUUCGGUUCCUGUGAAGCACGAUUGGCUUUCAGCAGUGGUCGAAACCGUGCUCCGGCCGACGUCGGGAGAGGUGUGGAUACAAGCGGCGAAGAAUACGUAUAACCAUGAUUACUUCAACGGAAACGGGGCUUACAACUUACGCAACGAAACAUUUAGACAGUUUCUCUCCGAAUACAGAGAGUGGUUCUACACCAAGGUUUCGGGCGACACCGCCUUUGACUCAAACAUGAUCAGAUUCGCUCAGGCGACUGGUCAAUUCGAUGCGUUCACUCGGCAUUUACAAGGCUCGAGAGCGAUUCGUAACUGUGAUCUCAUGUCUCUGGCAGAAUGUCGAUCGGCGCUCGAUCCGAAAACGUGGGGUGGUCCCACCCCUGCGGCUAUUCUAGUUCAUAGUCACGCGUUUAAAGAGCCGAGCGAGGUUCGUCGCCAGCUGCUUGUCGAGCUCCUGGGAAACGAAACCGUGAAUCUGCAAAGGUGA